CACUGCAGUGUUGUUCGUCUCGACAAUCUUGUCUACUUCGGUGGUUGUUCUUUUGUGCAAAAAAGCGUAAAAUUCCAUUAAAAUAAUCACCAAUUUUUCUACCACAUCAUCUAAUAUCAACUGAUUGUGAUCUCGCAAGAAGAUGGCCACGAGGAAGAAAGUGCUCCUGAAAGUCAUCAUUUUGGGUGACACGAGCGUGGGAAAGACAUCCCUCAUGAAUCAAUAUGUGAAUAAACGCUUCUCGAAUCAGUAUAAAGCCACAAUUGGGGCGGAUUUUCUCACAAAGGAGGUAGUUGUGGAUGAUCGCAUGGUGACUAUGCAGAUCUGGGAUACAGCUGGUCAGGAAAGAUUUCAGUCUCUUGGUGUUGCCUUCUAUCGUGGCGCCGAUUGCUGUGUGCUCGUUUUUGAUGUCACAGCACCCAACACCUUCAAGAACCUCGACUCCUGGCGAGACGAGUUCCUCAUUCAGGCUAGCCCCAGGGAUCCCGAACACUUCCCAUUCGUUGUGCUGGCCAAUAAAAUCGACUUAGAAAAUCGAGCUGUGUCGAGUAAGAGGGCGGAUCAGUGGUGCAAGUCGAAAAAUGACAUCCCAUAUUUUGAAACGUCGGCCAAGGAGGGUAUUAAUGUGGAUUUGGCGUUCCAAACUUGAACUUUGAUAUUUCCAGCAAAAUUUUUUUCCCAAAUAACAUUUUUUUUCUCAAAAAAAUUCAGGUGGAGCUUUACAAUGAAUUCCCCGAUCCGAUCAGCUUAACUAGUUCAAAUAAUCGUCCAAGGAAUUCGGACAACUGUCCAUGCUAAUAAAGUGAACAGACUUUCGAUAAUGAAAUCAAAUAACAUAAUGUUAAAGCAUUGUAAAAGAAGUAACAUUACAUUUUUUGAUCAGUGUUACGAAAUGGAAAGUCUGCUAAAUUAAUCGGUUCACUUCUCUCUGUGUUUCUUUUUUCUUCUUUUUUUUUUGUUUUGCAAAUCAUCAAGAAGUGGAAGUUAUUUUCUUUUUUAUAAUGAUUGCUUUUUUUUUUGGUAAAUAGAUAACCAAAAUGUAACGUAUAAAAAAAUGUAACGCUGAUCUUAAAAGAAACAUUUCACAGUGAAAAGUAUAUUUUAUAAAAUUACAGUGAAAAAAAAAUACCAUUUUCAGAAUGAAACAACGGUAGUUAAAGAAUAAAAAAAAUUAUCCACUCAAAGUUGAAUCAAAAAAAAACAAA